AGGAAAUGUCUUCCAACAUUGCGAAAAACUCUUCAACUGAAGAGCUUCAAAUCAAAGAAAUUCCGGGAGGCUAUGGCCUCCCGUUUUUCGGGGCGAUAUCGGACCGGCUUGACUUCCACUACCGCCAGGGCCCGGACGAGUUUUUCCGCGACCGAAUGCAGAAGCACAACUCCACCGUGUUCCGAGCCAACGCCCCACCCGGCCCAUUCAACGCUCGGAACACAAAAGUUGUGGUCCUUCUCGACGCCGUGAGCUUCCCAAUCCUCUUCGACACGUCGAAAGUGGAGAAGAGAGACGUCUUCACCGGCACCUUCAUGCCGUCAACAAGCUUCACCGGCGGCUACCGCGUCUGCUCCUACCUCGACCCCUCCGAGCCCAAACACGCCCUUAUCAAGGGCUUCCUCCUCUCCCUCCUCGGCAGAUUGCAUAAGGAGUUGAUACCCACGUUUCAAGCCGCCGUUUCUCAGCUCUUCGCUGACGUGGAGGCCGAUCUCGACGCAAAAGGGGAGUCGGCUUUCAACCCCGUCAGCGAUAAAAUGUCGUUUGAUUUGCUCUUCCGUUUAUUCUCCGGCAAGAGCUCUUACGACACCGGCGUUGGCAAAGGGAAUUCCAGCCUUAACACGUGGCUGCUUCUUCAGCUGGCUCCUUUGGUCACAUUAGGGUUGAAGUUUGUGCCUAAUUUUAUCGAGGAUUUGGUGCUCCAUACAUUCCCUCUGCCGUAUUUUCUGGCGAAAUCCGGGUACGAGAAGGUUCAUAAGGCGUUCCAGGAGGAGGCCCGAGAGUUGCUCGACGAGGCGGAGAAGAAGGGUUUGAGUAGGGAUGAGGCUUCCCAUAACCUCAUGUUUGUUAUGGGAUUUAACUCUUAUGGUGGGACCAAGAUUCUCUUCCCGGCUUUGUUGAAGUACGUUGGCGGUGGCGGGGAGGACUUGCAUCGCCGUAUCGCAGUCGAGAUUAGGGGGGUUGUGGAGGAGGAAGGAGGCGUAACGUUGGCGGCCCUCGAGAAGAUGAGUCUGGUCAAGUCCGUGGUGUGGGAGACGAUGAGGAUUGAACCCCCGGUUCAGUUUCAAUAUGGUAAGGCCAAGGAGGAUUUGAAAAUUUCGAGCCACGUGGCAACUUAUGUGGUCAAAAAGGGUGAGAUGAUUUUUGGGUACCAACCUUUUGCCACUAGGGAUCCUUUGACUUUUGUGAAUCCAGAUGAGUUCGUGCCCGAGAGAUUCAUGGAUGACGGAGAGAAGCUAAUAAAGUAUGUUUAUUGGUCCAACGGGAGGGAGACCGACAACCCGACCGCGGACAACAAGCAAUGUCCUGCCAAGGAUAUGGUGGUGCUGCUAGGAAGGAUGAUGUUGGUCGAAAUUUUCAUGCGUUAUGAUACGUUCACUGUGGAAGUUGGGAAGCUGCUUCUUGGAUCAUCCGUCACGAUCAAAUCGAUGACAAAAUUCAUAUAAUUCUAUCAUUCAUCGAUAUUUCAUUCUAGUCCUGAUUUGUGUUUGUCGUUUGUAUGAAUUUUCAUGUCUCAAUAAUUAAACUCUCUUUCUACGUUGUUGAAGAUGGUUGCUAUGGUGUGUGUUCAAUUAAAAAAUGUA